UCACAGCCUCAGUUAAAUCGGAGACUCUCGGUCGGGCAGGAGCGUCGGCAUAGUUUCCUCUGGAAAGUCAACAGAACGACGCUGUCUGGACAUACGUGAGGUCUUUUCCUGGACUUUAUCGGAAUUCCGGGGGUGACGGCUGUUUGUGCUGCUGGAGGCUCGUGUGUGGAUGUGUGACGGGUAUUGGCUGGUAAAUAUUUCGGGACUAACAAACCCAGUGGUGAGCGAGAGACUAUGCAGCGGUUAACGGGACACGGAAUGUCAGACGCCGCGUCCAAACUCUUGCGUUGAACUUUAAACGCUCCAAAUAGAAGAAACCUGUCGCACACGUCUGCCUUUCCAGCAUGGAAAGUGUCCUCAGCUGUUACUGAGAAUAAAGGAGUGUUUGUUGUGUGUCGAGUCGGGAUGGAUGUGCGGUUGUAGACGCGUCAGAUCCUCGGAAAGAUGCAGCAUCUCCGUGUGGCGUGGGCGCUUGCGGGAGCGGCGGUUGGCUUUUUUCUGCUCUUCUUAAUUCAAGCGCAUUUCUUCGGCGAAGGUCAGCUGGCGGCAGGUACAUGUGAAAUCGUGACUCUGGACCGGGACAGCAGCCAGCCAAGAAGGACCAUCGCCCGGCAGACGGCCAGGUGCGCCUGCAGGAAGGGCCAGAUUGCGGGCACUACCAGAGCCAGUCCAGCAUGUGUGGAUGUGCAAAUUGUCAGGACCAGACAGUGGUGUGAGAUGAUGCCUUGUUUGGAUGACGAAGGCUGUGACCUAUUGGUAAACAGAACAGGCUGGACGUGUGCACAGCCAGGAGGCCGAGUGAAAACAACCACGGUAUCCUGACGCCAGUGGGGGAAGGUUUUCCCAAGAGAGGAGCGACGUACGGAAGCACCUCGUCAUUCUCCAAAGCUACAGCGGGACGGGGGAGGGGAGCAUUCAUCAUAGUCCUGUUAGCCCUGUCUGUCAGUCUCUCCAUUAGUCCUUCAGUCUCAUAAGAUAAGAGGUGAGAACCUCUCGUCAUGGCGUUUACGCAGACCGUGAAGAAUGGAUCCCCCUGCGCUGUCAUUCAAAGUUGGAACCAACCAGCAUUUUAUUUUGGGGAUGCUGAAACUAGUGUGAUGAUGGACGCAGGAUCAUUUCUGGCUUGGAUCUCCUAACAAACUUUUACAGACCAAAGAAAUACGGACAAUUUCUGUGUGGAAGGAUUUCCAAAAUGAACACAAGUACACACAUCAGCUGCUUCAGCUUUGAGAAACGCAAGCAAAAACACACACAUACUUGAGCUUUGUAAGGAGUUUUUCAAACUGAGCACAGUCAAAAUAGACAACGAAGACGUUUGUGAUGAAACUGUUGACUUUUCUUCGAUUGUAAAUCUGCCGCCAUUAUUGUGUAAUGGACUGAAAUCAGUCAGGGUUUGGAAACCUAGUGAUCAUGGCAGACAAUUUGUCAAAGCGAACAAUAUCUACCUGACCUGAUGAGGCUAUCGCAGAUUUGCGCUUUGGGAGAGACCAUGCUAUGUAUUUUCAGAGUCAUAAAGUUAUAUAUAUAUAUAUAUAUAUUUAACAGUUUUAUAUGAUGUACCUUUGUAGCGAACCUUAUUUAACACUGACGAUGUGAUCCUAUUCAUAAAGGGUGAAUUGAAAAACGUCAUGUCCUGGAAAGUUAUUUACAGAUUGCCUUCUCCACAGUUGAAUAUAGUGUACUUGUGUAUUUGUCAGUAAACUUUUGUUUUGUAACAACAGCAUUCAACAAUAGACACACAUAAAAAUGCAACUGUAACCCACCUUGACAAGGUUAUAAACAUCAGUAUAGAGCUAUGGGUCAAAUGUGUUUUAUCGCAGCGAUUGUACAACUGGCAAAUUCAUCUUAUAAAAACUGUUUAUGUGUCAGUCCUUCUGUGAUAUCUGUCAUAUCGAGACGGUC